AUGGACAGACAACAAGGAGGAAGUGGUAGUGGUCACCCUCACUUUCAACAACAACAACAGCAGCAGCAAGACGCAACGGUGACAGGAGCAGCAGCAGUUCCCAAUUCGGGAGACAAGAUGGUCAUGACUAGCAUGGCAAUGGACAUGUUUAACCAUUUCGACCCGACCGGAGGUAGUGCUACCGCCGACUUGUUUUCAUCGUUACCACUGGAUGCUACCAUGAACACUGUUAACGAGCACAUGUGGCACCCAACGCAACAACAUCCACAGAUAAAGCGAGAGGAGCAGCAUUUCAGCUUCUUAUCAUCUGAGUUAUACCCAUCUGCUCCUGCUCCUCCUCCUACUGGUAACGAGCAACAGCCAAAGGCUCAUCGUCGUAGCUUGCCAACAAAUAAUUUGAUCACGCCGCCGCUGUCGUCGUCAUCAUCGCAUCCACGUCAACGACGCUAUACCGAAGGCGUACUGCCUGUACAACCCGAACAUCACCAGCAACAACUACAACAACACGACAUGGAAGAUGAUGAACACCGACGUAAAAACUUUUUAGAGCGCAACCGUCAAGCUGCAUUGAAAUGUCGACAACGCAAAAAACAAUGGUUGGCCAACUUGCAGCAUCAAGUGGAAUACAUGAACACGGACAACAAGCAGCUGGAGCACGAGGUCACGGCUCUACGUGAAGAAAUUUUGAAUUUAAAAACUUUGAUCAUCGCACAUAAGGAUUGUCCAAUAGCUGCUCGUCGAAAUAACGACAACAACAACAUCAUUAAUAGCAGCAGCAGUAUCCCUCAUCAACAACAACAACAAGAGAACCUACAACAACAGCCCCAUGCAACUGAUAGCAACAAUACUACCACCAUGAGUCGUCCUGCUGCUACUGACCCCUUUUAUCCACAUCCGAACCAAGAAUCACCACCUUUAUAUAUGACCUCGAACAGCAACAAUGCAUUAUCAUCCUCUCCUAGCCAUCAUCACCAUCAUCACCGUCCUCACGAUUUGAUACAGUAA